AUGAAAUUCUUUCUCUUCUCAGGCUUAUUGUCAGCCUUCCUGGCAGACGCUCAACUCACCGGCCCAGUCGGUCCCCUCACAGCCCUCUCCCAAAAGACCCACGAGUGCAACAUUCUCGACUAUGGCGCUGUCAACGACAACUCCACUGAUAUCGCAGAUGCCAUCGAGAAAACCUUCAAGACCUGCGUCCUCCCACACGCUGGAAGCCGUCUGAUCGUCCCUGAUGGCCAGUACCUGAUCAAACGAUCGGUCGUUCUGUCAAACGGUACAAACUGGGCGUUCCAACUGGAUGGACUCAUCACCUUGGCUUAUGGUGGUAACUGGACUGUUGAUCAAUGGACUUACCAUUAUAAACCGUGCGUAUCAUUCACUACUCCAAAAUUUCAUUUGUUGAUCAAGUUGCCAGCUGUCGACUUUGAGUUUUAUUCACAAAAUGGAAAGGGUGCCAUUCAGGGACAAGGCUAUAUCUACAGGAACUUGGCAAAUACUUUCCGUCCCCGACUUGUCAGGAUCAUUUCACCGAUCAACACUUCAGUUCACGACCUCAUUCUCGUCGACAGCCCCAAGUUUCACAUCGUCUUUGACUUUGCUGAGAACCUUGAGGUGUAUCACCUCACCAUCCGAGGAGCCAACUUAGGCUCUUAUGAUGGUGUUGACGUGGUGGGCACGAACUAUUGGAUCCACGACAUCGAGGUUACAAACCGAGACGAAUGCGUGUCAGUGAAGAGCCCUUCCAACCAUGCUCUUAUCGAGAAUUUGGUUUGUAACCAAGCUGGUUCCGGUAUCUCGAUCGGCAGCCUCAACGUGUCGGCAUCCAUCGCUAAUAUCCAUGCACGAAACAUCAACAUCAUCCAGGGAAACAACAUUGCUUUCAUCAAGACUUAUCCAGGCGGCUCUGGUCAUGUUACCAAUAUCACCUUUGAGAACUUCCGUUCCAAGGCUUCUCUUUAUGGCUUGGAUAUCAACCAGUAUUGGCAAAACACCUUUGAACCUGAUACUGGAGCUGUCGCUCUGAGUAACCUUGUUUUUAAGAACUUCUCUGGAUCUGUUGCCGAUGGGUCCAAGAGACCUCCUCUUUUCCUCGUGGCCAAUGAUCUAUCAUUCGCCACCAACGUCACAGUCGAAGACUUUAGCAUCUGGACCGAGUCCGGAACCUCGGUCAUCAACAAGAUCAGCAACAUCUUUGGCCACGGUGAUAAUUCUUAUGGACAGGCGAAUGGUAUCAAAUCGCUUUCGUCUGGCCAGGCACCUACCGCGUAUACCAGCACGUACACUGUCACCGCUACACCUACUGGCUGGACAGCUCCAUCAUUCCCUACGUGGGCUGCGGCAAGCACUGGUUAUGGAACUGAUGUACCUAUUCCGGUCUACACGCCAGCUGCACUAUGGAAGCCGAGUGGUGACUAUGAUAAACAUUACUGGGGCAGCUUUUAA